GGAAGCACCUUAAUUCCUUCUUAAUAUGGCAGAAUUUGCAACUACCUACUGUAACAAGCAGUUCAUCUUCAAGAACGUCAAGUCUACUUCUAGUCUAUUCGUAUGGCCUUUCAAUUUGCUAGCUUCAAGUUUAAAUUUACAAGACUUAUACUCACAUCUGAAGGUUUUACCUGGCACACGUAGGUUUUACCAGAACUGCGUUGUACAAACUUCUAGAAACAUCCAAACUGCUCCAGAUACUAAUUGUAAACUCAGAAGGGCUUUUAUCUGAUAAUUUUGCAGUAGAGGUCAUAUUUUAAGGGUAUUUAUCCGAAAAUACAGCAGGCUAUAAAAUAUAUAGAAGGAAUACUGUUU